CCCCCCGCAGGGAUCCCCCCGGCAACGGCACGGCCGCCUCGGACUCUGACUUAAUUCCCUCCGCGUGCUCCGAAUCGCAGAGAGGCAAACUCCGAACAAAGAGCCGGCAGCUCGCGUGCGGGGCUCCUGGGCGCGUCCUGCCGGCAGGAAGCCUCCGUGGGCGCGGGGGCGCGGGCCGGGCUGCCCGCACGCUGACCUUCCCGGGCUGGGAGGGAAGAGCGCUGGCUGCCGGCGGUGGGCGGCCCCGGGGGCCGCAGGUCUCCGUCUCUCUAGACGCAGCUCCAGUCGCCGCGCCGGAGCCCCUGGCCGGGCCCAGCAGCCAUGGCCCGCUAUAAGACUGAGCAGGACGACUGGCUGAUCAUCUACUUGAAGUAUUUGCUCUUUGUCUUCAACUUCUUCUUCUGGGUCGGGGGAGCAGCCGUCCUGGCUGUGGGCAUCUGGACCCUGGUGGAGAAGAGUGGCUACCUCAGCGUCCUGGCCUCCAGCACCUUUGCCGCCUCCGCCUACAUCCUCAUCUUCGCGGGCGUACUUGUCAUGGUGACCGGCUUCCUGGGCUUCGGUGCCAUCCUCCGGGAGCAGAAGGGCUGCCUCUCCACGGUCAUCUUGUUUAGAGAGGACAGGACUCACCUCUGGACAGCCCAAGAAGGAAUGCAGAAGCCCCCACCGGUGGAGCGCCUUCCUCUGACCCAGAGCCAUCUGUCCUGCUUCUGUGGAGCCACUAAAGGCCAGUGGUCCCCUGCAACACUGGGAAGCAGGCCCUGCAUUCCUCCCAGAGCCCAAUUAGAACACAAAUGGCCACUGUUCACUAGAGCCACCUCCCUCCAUCCUCACUACAGCAGCCUGCAAAGUCCCGGUAAUCUGAACUCUGUGCCAAGCAAGCGCUGCGGUCAACACUCACGCGCAUCAACUCACUCAGUCCUCACCCUGCCCCAAAAAGCAGCAACUCUUACUCUGUGUAUGGACGAGGAAGAAACUGAGAGCAGAGGCAGGUGAAGCAAUUUGCCCAGAGUCACCUGGCAGUUGUGUUCUUUUAGGUGAUGGUCAGUCAGGUGUGGCCACAAGAGGGGUCACAGGAGAGGCACAGGACAACAGAGUUUACCAGACUCACAGGUCCUAGACCAAGCUUGUCCAACCCGUAGCCCACGGGCCGCGUGCAGCCCAGGACAGCUUUGAAUGCGGCCCAACACAAAUCCGUAAACUUUCUCAAAACAUUAUGAGAUUUUUUUGUGUGAUUUUUUUUUUUUAAGCUCAUCAGCUGUCGUUACUGUGUUUUAUGUGUGGCCCAGGGAAGCCAAAAGAUCAGACACCCUCUCCUAGACAGAUUCACUGUACACUUCACCAGGAGGGGGGAUCACACGGGCAGAGAGCCAAAGACUAGGGCUCCCCCAAGCAGGCGGGGAACAGACAGUGGCUGACACCCUUUCAUUGGGGGUCAGGGUAGAGCCAUAAGAAAAGGCAGGAGAGGAUUCCGUUGGUGCAUUUGAAUGUCACUAGGUCACAGUCAGGGGAGGGUAGCAAGGGGAACUUGUAGCAGAGCCAGCCCUAUCACACCGGUGCACCUGGUCACGCCAGGUGCACAGACCACAUGUAGGAAUGUGGAGGCAGAAGAAAAAUGCGAAGUUUUAAAAUGCAUGAUACACACUGCUGGUGAGCGGCAUGCAGUCUGCCUCCAAGCCCACGCUCUGACCCACCACACUCUUCUGCAACCAAAGAAGUCAUAUUCACCCCCAUUUUCCAGAUGAAGAAACUGGGCUGAGAUGUGGAGCAAGUAAUGGCUGGAGCUGGACUGUGCGUUGCAGUCUGUUGGAAUCACCUCAAAGAGUCUGCUUCCCUGGGGAGGACAAGCCUGAUGGGAGGCAGAGGGGCCAGAGGCCAAGGGGGAGGAUGUGUGCAGGGCACACCCUGCCCUCCAUCUCUGGAGAGGUCUUCAUGGAGCAGUGGCUUUUGGAGAUCUGGCUGGUAACAAGGGAGGGCUCCCUCCAGCACCUAGCCCAGAACCCUAGGGCAGGAGACAGGGGUGUGGUGAGGGGACCCUAGAAGCCUCAGGCAUCUCAGUGCCUCGUUGCUCCCAUUAUUGUAAGGAAAGAACAGCACACCUGGGUCAGAGCAUAUUCAGUUUAGAAGGGACCUUGAGGGUCACAGAGUCCAGUGCUCCAUCCAAAGGUUACAGGCUGAAAGACACCGGGUGGGUGAGUGUGUGGGUCACACAGGUAUUAGUGGGAGACACUCUCAGAAUUAUUGGAUUUUUUGGAGAAUAGUGUAAUCAUAGGAGCACUUCCCCUUGGCCAUGUCGAAGGCCAGAAGGGAAGCCUAAGCUUUAGCACCUGAUCACGCUGUGCUCUCCAAGCCAGUGAUCACAGCCUCCCAUUCCACACUUCCUCUUACACCAUCUAUUCAUGAGAUCUGUCCAGACAUCCGGGCUGAUCCAUGAAGAAUGAAUGUCUUCAGCCUCUGCGUCUCAACGUGGCUGUCACUUAGUCUGGAUGGCCUGCCCAGAGGGAACCAAGCCCUGUGCCCAGGGCAUGCAGGAGAGAUGUGGAGAGUCAGUGAAGGUCAGGGCCUUGUGCUUCUCCAAAGGCUUGCUGGGCACCUCUUGCCCUACCCUUCUGCACUUCCGGGAGUCAACAGACAGCCUUAUCCCUCUGGGGCUUGGGGCAGGGAGGGGCACAGCAGCUGUUGGACAGGCUGGUGCAAGAUUCCCUGCUUCUUCUCAGCUCCACUUUACCCUCUUCUGUAGAGACUUGCCCGCGUUCAUUCCCAUCCCACACAGAACUGGCGAUCUCUCUGGUCCAAGUCACUAAACAGACACAUCAAGGAGGCAACAGCUUGAAACUGAGGUCAGAAAAAAGUAUGCAUGCACGCACACACAUUCAUGCACACACAUGCAUAUGCACGCACGCACAUUCAUGCACACACAUGCAUAUGCACGCACGCACAUCCAUGCACACAAAUGCAUAUGCACACAUAUUCAUGCACACACAUGCAUAUGCACGCACAUUCAUGCACACACAUGCAUAUGCACACACAUUCAUGCACACACAUGCAUUUGCACGCACACAUGCACUCAGCCACCAACGCAGGACUGUGGAGACAGGCAUCUCUGCCAGGACGCUAGCAAACAGCAAACUCCAUGGCCUAGAAUCUGCUUUGUUUGCUUUAUCUGCCCCUCUACGAAAGAACCAAUGACAGAACUGGCCCAAGGACAGAGCAGGAGGUAAAGCUGGGGAUCCUAAGUAAUCCACAUCCUGGCCCAACAGCCCCUGAAACAUCGAGCACUUGAUUGUUUAAACCAAGAAGGUGCCUGUACAACCUUUCUUGGGCUAACACAAGUAGGAAUUUUAAAACUCAGGCUCCCGUUUAGAGUCAAGUGGUGUGGUUAAGGCAGUGUAACAGUGCUCUCUGUAGCUCUUAGAAGUUCCUUCUUGGUUUCAUUUCAUUUUGUCCCCUCCAUGUCUAACUUCCAUUUGAAAUCUUGAAUCAGCUGACAGGUGAGGGAAGCUCCAAAGGAGAAGGGCAGUGAGUCUGUCACUAGACAAAGUGGUCCCUGAGGAGGAGAGGGAAAUAUGGAAGACCAGGCAUCUGAAUGAUGUGCAUCUACCUUGGAUCGGGAGGAGCGGGGCAGGAGUUCCCGAAGAAUGACCCAGAGGGGGACCAUCCAGCUUCCACACAGCCACGAUGUCUGUCCUGGCACAGCCCUUCCUCCUAGCUCAUCUGCAGCCCCUCAAAGUCACUUUCCCAAGAAGGACGUGGCCAUCGCGGACAGAAAUAGCACAUCUCUGCUGGUGCUGAAAUGACGAUCAGCUUGGCAUUGGAAAUCUGCCAAGCAGGAACAGGAAUGGGGUUUAAAUUAUUCACACCAGAUCUUUUUUAGCAAAGACUGCAUGAGAGACAUAAUUCAGGCCAUCUGAGCCUACAAUCAAUGACCAGAACAGAGGCCACCUAGAUCAAAAGAAAGGAAUAUUUUCAGAGUUGUGAAUGGGGGCUCUGAAAACUUCUAUAUUUAAGCCAAAUGAAGAUCAUGGUGGAUGAUUCAGACUAAACUGGGUCUUUAUUGGGAGUUCUUUUCUAUUUAGGGGAUGGAUAAAAAAGUAAGAAGUUCUAAAAACCAAUUUCUGAAAAUAAGGGGAUCCAGAAUUGCCACACCUCCAUCCAGUAGGCCAAGACGUGGUGAACCAGGGCACUAAAGUCCACAAUCAAAGGUGAAAACAUAUGGGCUCGGGUUCAAAAGCUGGUUUUCGUGUACCUUGCGUAGCUUGCUCUGGGACCUCGGGCAAUCAUUCAGCUUCUGCCUGCUUCCUUGUGUUGCCAUUUUAUACAGGACGAUGUUUGAGGGUAACGAAGAAGUAUUUUCAGGUCCUGGGAAGCAAGUCAUCACAUUAUAAAAAGACGGUAAAAAUGUGGCUCUAAUGAACAUUCACAUCACUAUUGCCAUCACCAUGACCAAGCUCCCUUAAGAAGGAACCUAAAUAAAUAAGAGUUUUUCUGAGGGCCAUGGCUCCCAGGGCCCUGCAGCCCGAGCUGGGCCACAUCCUCUGAAGUAGCUGGUGCUGGUGGGAAGUUCAGGGUGAGGAGAGCCUGGGUCCCCAUGCCUGGGAACUGGACUGCAUCCUCCCUGGCUCAUUUCUUACCUACGUAUUCUGCUGUGUUGCUCCACCAGGCAUCCAGCUCCAGGGUGGGCCUUGCCUCAUCUGUUUGGUGGCUCUUUAACCUUUGAGUCAGCUGCCUCCACCAUGCUCCAAAGGGAGCAUUCUAUAGCCAGGGCUUGGGGAACCCCAACCCCUCUCCAGCAUGAGCCUUUCCUCAUGCAGUGUGGCUUAUGCAGUACAGGCUGGGGAAUGGACCAGGUGGCCUCAGAACCCUGAAGGCUCCUCGGGAAAAGCAGGAUGCACACAUCCCCAAGAGCUGGCCACUCAAGAGACUCAUAGGGUCUGUGUUGACACCCACCCUUCUCGGGGUGCAGCGGGUGUACCUGAUCACCACAAGCCAGCAGCAUCGCCUUGAUGGGGUGGUUCUAUGGCCAAUUAGCUUCCACUACCACCUCCCUCCAAUUUCCUGCAGUGGAUGCUCCAUAUUGCAUUGAUGGGACUGCCUAAUUCAUCAACAUCAACAAGCAUUUCCAGCACAUUCCUGGCAUGUCCUGCUCUGCUGGGCACAAGGCAGGGUGAGAAGGGGAGGAGGGAAAAAGGGACUCUGACCCAGCUCUAGGCUUAGAGUCUAGUGAGGAACAUGAGGCGCCUGUAUUAAAAGGCAAAGGACCAUGCAGGCAGUUUAAAUUUGUGUUGAAUUUGGUCAGAGGCUCUGACCUCUCUGGGCUUUCCCUAACUUCCAGGCUGCCCUGUUCCCUGGAGCCUGGUGUCUCCUUCUUGUUCUUUGUCCUACCCUCUGCUCUUUGUCCUACCCUUGCCCCUUGCACAGGUGCCUUCAGGCUGUAAUAUCACUCCCACAGCCUGCAAGAAGACAGCCAACGGGAAAGUCUGGGUAAUUCCAGGGCACUGGGAGGAAGUAGCAAUUGGUCACUUUCCUCAUGCCUGAAUCCACUGAACACCAGCAUCCUCUGAGUUCCCUGCACCGUGUCUCCCCGUGGGGGGUCUGGCCCUCAUCGCCCCAGCCAGCUGGCCAGGCCUUAAUGCCCAAUCUGGGGGCCGCUCUCACUCAGCCUGUUCAGACUGGGCUCUCAGUAGUCCCAGCCUGAAUCCUAGUAAAUGCCUGUCUUUGGCUUGGAGUUCUGAAACUCUGUUCUCCUUCCAUGACCCUCACCGCCCACUGGAACACAAACAGUGAGAUCUCCUUAGACCCCCAACAUUUGGGCUGGGACAUUGAAGGGCCUCAGCCACAUUUUCUUGAUGUGCCUCUAGAAGACUUGCUGCCUCCCCAAGACCCAGUUUUUUCCCUCCCUGCCUCUUCCAGCAUGCCCUCUCUCUGUCCACCGGCUCUCUGCACCCUAGUCCUGGCCCCCUUUUCUGCUCCCAGAACCACAUGUCAGUAUCAGACAUUGGCCAGAGCACAUUCUUGAGCCCUCACCGUAAAGCCGCUUCCAGGUGGAACGGCUGAAUCCCAACCUUUGGCGUGGUUGCAGCCGGAUGACCCAGGCGUUGAACCCUGGGCUGGGGCCAGGAAGGGUAGAGGUUACCUCCGUCCUUCUAACAGUGACACUUGUUACAGGAAUGGCUGAAGGCUCCCAAAUCCACAUCCUCUCUUUUCUGCACAAAUGGGCUGGGCAGCUGCACCUCUGAGCCCGCUGCAGUUAAUGGUUAAUUGCCAGAAAAUAAUUCACCCUGAGGCCGUUGCCACUGAAACAGCUGGCUUCACUUUUCCUGUUUGGCGGGUGGUUCUGAGCUCCCUGACCCUCCCUCUGGCUUCCUCUGUAAUCCUCUCACACACACAGCCAGCUGGGAGCCUCAGGCUGGGCUCUCCUCCCUGCAACUUAACCUUGGCAGGGUCUUGGGUUUUCUUUGGCUGUUGCCGCCCUGUUCUGAGAAUAGGCUAGUACCUGCCUCUCAUCCCAACCUGCCUGGACUGCCUUGACUGGAUAUGGCUUGGCAGGAAGCUUCACAAACCCUGACUAUCUCUAAUUAUGCAGAAUGGCUGGAGAUACAGAAGAGGAAUGCUUCAGUGAAGCUCCCUUCUUUGUGGCAGAAUCAAUCCAGUGGAGAAAUUUUGAAAUUCCAGUUUUAUAAAGUUCUUUAAACUUACCUCAAAGAUGGCACCAGCUGAUGCUCAGCUGCCCUGUCUCUUAUGCACCAGUGAAUCUGCCCCAAAAUCUCUAUCAGGGGCUCAGCUUGCCCCCAGGCGAUGGAAGUCCAACCCUCAAUUUCUGGCAGGGCAUGGUGGCUCAUGCCUAUAAUCCCAGCACUUUGGGAGGCCAAGCUAGGAGGAUUGCUUGAGGCCAGGAGUUUGUGACCAGCCUGAGCAAUAUGGUGAGACCCCAUCUCUACAAAUAAAUAAAUAAAUAAAUUUAAUUAGCCAGGCAUAGUGGUA